AUGGAUAAACUAGAAGAAGAUUUGGCCUACAUCUCUAAUUUGCCCCUGGCAAAUCAGAAUUCUAUUACCAACUUGAACUUAGCACUCGCACAGCUGGAACAGGAUUUACGAAACUUCGUCUACGAUAAAAGUGCAUACGAGAAAAUUAUCAAUGUGUUGGUUGAUCUGAUGAAAUCAAUUCCAAUAACCAACUUUGAAACGGGAGAGCUGGUGGGUAAAUUAGAACGAAUCAACAAUGUACUAAACCUGAAACUGCCCGGUAGAGGAUCAACCGCAAAAAUUAGCCUAAAGCAGAAAACUGAACCAGUUCAAAAAGAACUUGUUCCUAUCUAUGUUACAACUGAAGAAAAUGAGGAGAAUGAUCCUCUUUUCGCUGAAAUUAAAAGUGACUUAUCCAAAUUAUCAGAACAAUUGGAAAAAUUCAAUGGUGAUGAAACGGACCAAAAUUAUCAAAACACAAAAUCAAAUUUACAACAAAUAUUAGAAAAAUUAUCUAUUAUUUCGGACAGCAAAGGAAAAAAGUACGAAAAGGAAGUAAAUCGUCUUUUAAGAGCUUACGAUAAUAAAAUCACAUCUUAUAAAGAAAAACAAUUCGAACAGCAUGUUAGGCAAAAUCUUAUCAAAAACACAGGUCAAGCAAAGCCGACAUACAAUCUUAUGAGGGCUCAAGAAGAUCGAAUUUAUAAUUCAACUCCAUUGACGAAUGAAGAACCCGUUGAAGAAAUUGAAGGUCAGCGAACUGUUUUUGAACUAGUAAAUAAAUACAAAUCCAUUUUACAAAAUCUUAAAGAAGAAAGAGAACGAACUGGAAUUACCAAAAAGUCAUUGAAGAAAAAUUUGGAACAGCAAGAACAAAAACCGCAAGAAGAAGUUUCAAAAGAAAAUAAUACUGUUAAUAAAAACAAUGUUAAUUUAAUAAUUGAGGAUAAAAUAAAAGUGGAAUUACUUAAACAAAAAGAAAAAGUAAACAAUGUGGAUAAAAGUAAAUCUAAAGAAGAAUUAGAUAAGAAGAAAAAGAAAGAAAAGUCUAAAAUAAAAAAAUCAUUAGCAGAAAUAAAAGAUAAACUAGCAACAAUUCGUGACGAAAUAAAAUUGAAGGACUUCAGCAAACCAGUUACCAAUAUUGUAGUUGAUCUAAGCGACCUGGCAAAGAAGUUAGAAGCCGUCGAUAUUCAACUCACUUUUAAAAAACAACUAAAAGAGAAAAAAGCAAUGCUUUCUGAAAUUCAAGAAUAUUUGGAUAUCAUAAAUCGAGGAGAAACUAUGGGAACUAUCGAGGAAGAAAAUGAAGUGGAAGAUGAGGAUUUGCAAAAUGAUAAUAUUAAUGACGAACAAUUUGAGGCACUAGAACUAGAAAAUAAGCAUCAAAUAAUACAGGAAGAUGAAAAUGAAAUGUCAACUGGAAAUGUUAAAAAAGAAAAUACUAUUGGUGUAGCUGAAACAGAAGAAUAUAAAGACGAAUUUGAAUUACUUAAGAAAAAAGAAAAACAAUUAAUUGAAGAAAACAAAAGAUCAAUGGAAAUAGCGGACAAAGAAGAAAAAAAAGAAAAAUCCAGAAUUAAAAAAGCAUUAUCAGAAAUCAAGGACAAAUUGUUAGAUAUACGCGAUGAAAUAAAAACUAAUAAUGCAUGUGGGACUGAUGUUAAUUUAGUUAACUCUCUAAAAGAACUAACGAGGAAACUGGAAAACAUCAAUAUUAAAUUGGAAUUUAAAAGGCAAGUGAAGGAGAAAACUGCCUUACUUCUGGAAGUUCAAGAGUACUUGAAUAUUAUAAAUUCUGAUGAAUUAUUAAAGCCUGAAGAAGAAGAAAUUGAAAUAGUUCAUUCAAAUAUUGAUGAUAAUAAUAAUAGUGAAAUACUGGAAUCACCGGAACUACAAGAAAACAACUAUGAAAAUGAAGAGGAUUGUGAUAUAAAUGAGAAGAGAACAACAGAUGAAAUUGUUGAUGAUGAUCCUCAUAAAGUCGAUAUAAGUGUAGAAAAAUCUAAUGAAUUCGUUGGAGAUGAUUCUAAUGAAAAUAAUAGUGAGAAUUUUGAUAAAAACGAACAAGAUAAAGUCAUAGAAGGUAAUAUAAAUGAAGUUGUAGAAGACAUGGAAGACAAGAAAUAUGUUGAGGAAAAUAAAGCAGAAUAUAACAUAGAACAGUUAAAAAAUAAAAUGAAAAAUGUAAAUGAAGUAACUGAGGGUGACCUUCAAGAACUGAAUAUAGGUGAAAAAAAAUUCGAUGAAUUUCUUGAAGAUGGUGAAAUAAUGAAAAAUGAAGAAAAUCAAAACAACAAUAAAGAGGAAGAACCAUGUACAAAAGUUGAAUAUGAUGAUAUACCGGUUGUAUGUGUAGACGAUGAAGAAGAUAACGCGUAA